AUGUCUUACGCGACUACUCUUUCUGAAAAGGCUCCAGGGGAAGCGGUCCAAACUGUCAGUUUGUCUCUAUCCGACUACGACGCAGAUCUCUCGUCGUCCUGCUACACGGAAAGUCCAGAUCUUGAAGAUCGAGAGAAAUAUGCCGGGAUACUAGCAGAUACAAAGAAACAGGACAAGGCAGCCCCAGGUCUUCGGUUCAUGGUAUGGACGGCAAUCAAUGUCGCUUCCACUGUUGCCAUAGUGUUCACAAACAAAUACGUCCUAUCCGAUAUAUCAUUCCGCAACUGCCAGGUCGCCUUUGCUGCAUACCAUUUCUUCAUAACCGGGGCCACAUUAUGGAUCAUCUCUCGGCCACAGUGCGCUGUCUUCGCACCGAAACAUGUUUCGGUGGUGCAGAUUAUCCCCUUGGCAGCAGCGAUGUGUAUCCAGGUGAUUCUUCAGAAUCUCUCGCUUGCAUAUUCCUCCGUUAUGUUCCAUCAGCUGGCUCGAUUACUCUUGACCCCUGUUGUUGCCUUGCUCAACUACAUGCUCUACUCGACCAAGAUCCCCCGAAGGGCCAUCUCCCCUCUCAUCCUGCUGUGCUCCGGCGUGGGAAUUGUCUCGUACUAUGACUCCCUUGCGAUGGACAACGCGAGUACUGCGAGUACGCCAUCAUGGGGAACAUUAUUUGCCCUUGCAGGCGUCUGCGCCAGUUCAGUCUAUAUGGUAUGGAUUGGGCAGUACCACAAGAAGUUCAAGUUGAAUAGCAUGCAGCUUCUUUUGAACCAGGCACCAGUCAGCACCGUUCUGUUGCUGCUCACUGUUCCAUUCACUUCGACACCGCCAUUGGGGGCUGUUCCAGUGUCCAUGUGGAUUCUAAUUCUACUGAGCGGCAUCUUUGCUUCCUUGGUGAAUCUCUCGCAGUUUUUCAUUAUCGACCUGGCGGGACCCAUCAGUGGGACGGUGGUCGGUCAACUCAAGACGUGCAUCAUUGUCGGGCUGGGAUGGGCUUUCAGUACGCAUCCUAUCUAUUUUCAAAGCAUUGUUGGGAUUAUCCUGGCGUUGGUGGGCAUGAGCAUCUCCGCUCUCAAAUGGGGUGUGUAUGUCGGCUGCGAGGGCACCGUUAGAAAAUGCCUAGAGCUAGGUGCGCCUAUUGAUGGUAAACCUAAGACGGACCCGAACGAUGAGGACGAAGACAUCGAUGAAGACAUAAGUGAGACACCGCUGGUGAACGUUGCAGCCGAACGAGGCUACGAUGGUGGCUUGAAGUUCUUACUGGGUUAUGGGGCCAGCGCGAACGAAAACCGCCAGUUUGCUCGGGUGCCCCUUUCCUUGGCUGGCCAAAAUGGACACGAUGCGGCUAUGGGAGUGUUGUUAGCCAGGGAAGACACAAAGGUUACCCUGCCGUCCACCCCAUUCAGCCAACAACCGCUGCACUUCGGUUUAGAACGAGGGUCCCUGGACUGUGUUCUCCUCCUGAUCGAACGAGGGGCAGAUCUCCAGCAGUAUGAGUCUACAAGCGCCCGGGCACUCCAUUCGGCCAUUAGAAGCGGAAGUCAAGCUCUGGUCGACUUCCUCAUGAGUCGGGGGUGUAAUCCACUCAGCUGUUGUGGGGUAUACGUCUCUAUCGCUUGCUGCAGUCAUGGGACACCAGCCCCUGGUCCUAUUCACUGCUCUCGGGCACGCGGCCAAGGAGGGUCACGCGGAUGUCGUCGAGACGUUGCUUGCGUGGGGCGUCGGACAGAAAAUGUCGGGGAGGACGGAGUGACGGCUCUAUGCUGGGCGGCCAGAGAAAACCACGAAAUGGUGGUUGAUGUUCUACUGCGGCAUGGAGUAGAUCCAAGCUCGCCCAACUCUGGCGGGAUACGUCCCAUCCACUGGGCGGUCACCAACGGUUCCAUCCCCAUAUUCAAGGCGCUCUCGGCCCGUGGCGCCAGGAUCGACAUUCAAACUGACGGAGAAACACUCCUCCAUAUCGCUGUACGGCGCAACGAUCAGCCGCUGGUGGAAACACUCAUACAGCUAGGGACCGAUGUAGACAAACCAGACAAUGCGGGCCGGACUCCUCUAACCGUGGCUGCCGGGGGCGGUCUUCUCGAAAUGAUGGAGCUCUUGCUCGCCAACGGCGCAGACAUGACUAUCCGUGAUCAGAGGAAUUGA